GUCACAUGGCUUGUGGGGGGGUGGGAAGAGAGAGAGAGAGAAGUUAGUGUGGGUCAUCACUUCAGCAUCUGUUUCUCCAUCUCACUCAGUUUUUCUGCUUCAAUCCUGACUGGUGCUGGAGGGAACUCCCCCCCCCAUCCGCCCAAAUUUCCCGUUUCCAGUUACUGAUAAAAUGUCCCAUGUUGCAGCGGAGGUACUUCAGUUGUUUUCAGAUGACAGAGACUCCCCGGAGAGAGAGGUGCUGAGUUAACACCCAGGACGAUCGGAUCCGAGCACAUAAGUUUUGACAGGACGGAUCUUAACAAAAACAGCAAAUGAUGAAUUCCCUCUACCUUCUGGGGCUCUUCUUGGCUGCCCUGCCGAGCCUUCAUGCACGCUCCUCCUUGCGCUUCAUCGCUGUGGGAGAUUGGGGCGGGGUGCCCAACGCUCCUUUCUACACAGCCCGCGAGGCAGCCGUGGCCAGUGAGAUGGGACGUACGGCAGCUUCGCUGGGAGCAGACUUCAUCUUGUCCCUCGGAGACAACUUCUACUACAGUGGUGUGCAGGACGCCUACGACAAGCGCUUUCAGGAGACAUUUGAGUCAGUUUUCCAGGCCCCCUCAUUGCGCAACUUGCCCUGGUAUGUGCUGGCUGGGAAUCACGACCAUUCAGGGAAUGUCACUGCACAGAUUGCCUAUAGCAAGAUCUCCAAACGUUGGCACUUCCCCAAAAACUACUACAGGCUGAGGUUUAAGGUGCCUGGCACCAAUGCCACGGUUUCCAUUGUCAUGAUCGACACGGUGACUAUCUGCGGCAAUUCGGAUGACUUCCAAAAUGAGCAGCCCCUGCACCCACAGGAACUGGGCGCGGCCCGCUCCCAGAUGUCCUGGCUCCGCAAACAGCUGGCCAACUCUCAGGAUGACUACUUGUUGGUGGCUGGGCACUACCCAGUGUGGUCAGUGGGGAAGCACGGCCCAACGACAUGCUUGGUGAAGCAUCUGCAGCCGCUGCUGCUGAAAUACAAGGCCACAGCCUACUUGUGCGGCCAUGAUCACAACCUGCAGUACCUCCAGGACAAAACUGGCUUGGGCUAUGUCCUAAGUGGAGCGGGGAACUUCAUGGAUGACAACAAGCAACACCUUCACGAGGUCCCUGCUGGAUACCUGCGCUUCUUCUAUGGCCACGCCUCUUCUCAAGGGGGCUUUGCCUACAUUGAGAUUAAUGCCAAAGAGAUGAGCAUUACCUACAUUGAGGGCAAAGGCAAGUCUCUCUACAAGACCUCGCUGCCCAGGCGGAGACGUUUCUGAAGAUGAGACAACAGUCAGCAUUGGCCUUGUAGGGGCCACAGUUGGCCUCUCUGACACACACAAACACAGCACGCCUUCCUCCUAGGGCUGAGAACUGGCAU